UACAAAAUAAAUUUCUUUUUCUGUACUCUAACGUGUUAAAUUAAAUAAAAACGUUAUCGAAAAACAUUAAUUACCUGGAAGAUAACUAAAAAUUGACUAUUUGUAUUUGCUGUUCAAUAUUGUUAAUUGAUUUUUUUUCCUAUAAGAAAGGAAAAGCACUAACAAAGUUUUUGUAAUAUCUGACGAUGAGUUCUAUUUUGUUAUUAAAAUCAAUGUUAUUCGCAAGUGUCUUGCAAAAGACAAAGAAACAAAAAAAGAAAAUUAAAGCUAAAAAAUCUGCUGCAGUUAAGAGCAUAUGCCCAGAAAUGUGCCGUGUGUGCAAUCUGGAAGUAGGAAUUGUUCCAAUUUUUAAAAACUGUUUACAACCAAAUAUAGCUAAUGAAAUUGAGAACUUUGGAGGAGUAAGGAUAAGUAAAAAGGAUAAAUUAUCAAAACAGUUGUGUCAAAAGUGUUUAGAUUUAUUAAAUGGAUGCAUUACUUUUAGAGAAAUGUGCCAAAGAAACAACAAUGAAGUGAUUGAACUUUCUAUCAAAAAAGAGACUGAAAUUAAUAAUUAUUUGGAAGACACUUUGGCAUUACCAGAGAGUGAUGACUCAUUUAAUAUACCUUCUCCAGAAGUGUCAGAAGAUAAUAAUUUAGAAAUUUGGGGAUGUACAGCAUGUAGUAAGAAUUUCCCUGACUUGGAUUCAUACAAUGCCCAUUUUCCAGAAUGCAUUGAAAAUAAACAGAGUUCCAACAAAAGUAAAACGCCCAAAGAAAAGACUAGAAAUGAAUUUCUCUGUGAUAUUUGCGGAAAAGUUACUCGCUCAAAUGCAAAUCUUAUAGUGCAUAUGAGCAUUCAUGACAAUGUGUUCCCAUUCAAAUGUGAAGAGUGUCCAUACAUGGGGCGGACUAUGGACCUACUGAAAAUGCACAAGAGGUCACAUUUAGCUGACAAACCAUUCAAAUGUUCCCAGUGUCCAAAAUCUGCCAGCAGCUCCAGUAACCUUGCCAAACAUGUGAGGCAUGUGCACAAUAGAUCUAGGGACUUUAAGUGUUCUUAUUGUGAUAAAGCAUUCGGAUUUCGAUAUGACGUGAAGAAACACAUACGGGAUAUACAUUUGCGACAAGGCACUGUUGAAUGCGACAUAUGUUUUAAAAAGUUCAACACAAAGAAAAUAUUACAAGGUCAUCGGGUGAAGAUUCACAAAAUCAAAGGAGACAGACACGGCCGCUUACCUUCCUACUUGCAGUGUCAGCGUGAGCAAUAGAAAAAUGUGAACAGCAUCAAACAAGUACUAAUAGUAACUGCGAACCCAUAUAAUCGGGUUAUAAGACUUGCUAAUGCUAAGACAUUUAAAUUUAUUAAAAAAAAAAACAAAUGGGCACCUUAGUACUUAGUGUAAGUUUCGAGAGUAUAGCGCCACCAACGUAGUGACUGAUAAGGGACUAAUCAUAUAUUUCUGUUACCUACAUGAUUUCCACCUCAUUUCUCUCAUUUGCGACAAGUAUGGAAGGAAGAAAGAUAAUCAAAAGCAAAAGCGAUUCUUGAUUAUAAAUCCUUCACCUUCGUCUUUGAGUACAACAAAUAUAAUUUAAGCUAAAAUUAGAACAUUUCUCGAGGAUGUAAGAUAAAGAUUUUCGUUUUGAAAAUAUUUUUAAUCAAAGUAAAAAAUCGCUUUUUUUUUUUAAAUUGAAUGUUUUGCGAUCUCAACAUUGUCACAAACAAGGGAUUGGUAUGGUAAUUUCUCCAAUUCAAUAGAAUUUGUAUUAUUGAAACCACGACAGCGAACUUUGUUAUACAACUUUCACUCGCAAUUAAGUUGCAAGAGUCUCAUUCUAUUUCGCUCUUACCGUUUAUCAAAUCGUAACCAUCAGUUUUAUAUCCGUGCAGAUGUACCGCAUGUAGUAUUUUGUACGCAGAUAUAUUUUACCAGUACUAAAGCACAUUUUUUUUUUCAAUAGCUAAUAAAUAAACUGCAUUGAAACAAGAAUCUGCAUUAGGACUGAGGUUGUUACGCAGCUAAAAUGCAUGCAUGUCAACGCGCAUUCUAUAGAACUGCACACCGACUGCAAGCGGACUGCGCAGUCGGUGUGCAGUGUGCAGUUUCGAUGCAGUUAUGCCAACCGCAAAAAAACUGCAAUCGGUUAUAAUUAUAUUUAUAUAUAUAGUAAUUAAAUUAAUGUGUGUAGGCACUUAAAUUACCUACUCCAUUUUGCGUUACCGAAUAUUGCCGAUGUAAAUAAUAAAAGUGAUGUACAAAACAUUAGUAGGUAUUAAACGAUUAACACAUAA